GUGGUUUUUCUUCUCAGAAGCAGAUGUGGGUUAUACUACCGAUGGCAUCACAGUGAAACUGUUAGGGGGACAUGCAGGGACACAUGGCUGCCUAGGAUAGCUGUAAGCCAUUACCAUCCUCCUGGGCAAAACCGACAGGUACAUUCAGUAGCUGAAAGGAAACCUGGGAAUGCUUCAGAUCAUGCAUUCAGUAACAGAAGGAUGGAAUCUUAUCAACCAGAUCCUGAAGAACUAACAGGUGACCACCCAUCAGACUUUCUUGCAUCUAGGCUGGAGUUAGCCCAAAUAUAUUACUUGGGGUGGAUAAUGAACACCACUUAUAAGUGCCAUGAUGAUCACACCCUGGAUAAGUAUUUGUUUCCAUUUGUGUACAGCAUUGUGAUGAUGAUCAGUAUUCCCAUCAACUGCAUAUCCCUGUGUGUAUCUUGCAUUCAGGUGAGGAAGAAGAAUGAGUUAGCAGUCUACCUCUUCAGCCUAUCCCUGGCUGACAUUUUGUACUCUUUGAUUCUGCCUCUGUGGAUUGAAUAUGCCUGGAAUGGAGAUAACUGGAUGCACUCUGCCUUGCUUUGUCAGAUUUCUGCCUUCCUUAUGUAUAUGAAUUUCUACACCAGCACUGCAUUCCUUGCUUGCAUCUCUGUUGACAGGUACUUGGCAUUAGUUCACCCCUUGAAGCUCCAGCACUUGCGCACAAGACGAUUUUCAUUGAUUGUCAGCAUAAGUGUUUGGCUUCUGGAAAGCAUCUUUAAUUCAGUCAUAUUGGUGAAGAAAGAAGUAUUCAAUGAUCCUUGCAAUUUCACUAAUCACACACUAUGCUAUGAUAAAUACCCCUUGGAAUGGUGGCAGGCACGGAUAAAUUUAUUCCGGAUAUGCUCUGGGUAUCUAGUCCCUUUGAUAAUCAUUGUGUUUUGCUACCAUAAAAUCUACCAAGUAGUGAGGUGUAAUCAAGCCACAGUAGAUGAAGAAAAGAAAAAAGUGAGGAAACUUAUUCUGAAUAUCACAGUUACUUUCAUUGUUUGCUUCACUCCUUAUCACAUUGUAUUGCUUAUUCGGAGCAUCAAAGAACCUUACACCGCUGACCCACAGCUUUUACUGUAUAAGGUUUAUAGAAUCACACAGGCCUUAACAAGUUUGAAUUGCAUUGCUGAUCCCAUUCUUUACUGCUUUGUGAGUGAAACUGCACGAACAGACAUACUGAAUUUGCUCAGGUGUUGCUUCUGCCUACAAAAGCACGAGAGAGACCAAGCAAAAGACCACGCUCUGUGCAGUUCUGCUACAAAGAGCAGUGCGCUGAUCACCUACAGAACUUCCUGUGAAAUGGAAACUGUCAAAAAGGCCUGAGCAAGCACAUUCAAAGCAAAACUGGAUAACCUAAAGAGGAAAGAAAUAAAUGUUCUUCCCUAGUCUGUAUCUAGGAAAUACCCCAAAGGACAUAGAUAAUAAUCUAAGUGAAACCAGUAGCUGGUGCUAAUAAGAACUUAUUAUAGUGGUAAUUAAAUUGAUGGAGCAUCAACAUGUAUCUUUAAAUCACACAUGGUAAAUAAAUCAAUGUCAACUAAUACACAGUCAAGAAAGAUGACAAUGGCACAGUGACAAAAUUACUAAGGACCCCCCACAGAACGACGCUAGCUAGCCCAUGUGCUGAGCCUACAUGUACUUGGCUGGAGGACAGCUGAAGUCUUCUUACCUAGUCAUUUCUUUUCCAGUGUUAGAAGAAACCAAAAAUGUAGCUGGGAAGAGGCCCUGAAAGGGAUUUUUUUUAAAUUUUUUUUUUAAAUCAGUAUUGUGUUAGAAGUGAAAAAAUCACGCACACACGUGGAGAUCAGCUGAUUGACAAAGGAGCAGACAGAGGGAGAAUGGUAAAUCUCUCAAAUUUUGUGAUGUAAUUUAUGCUGCUAUGAUGGUUCCUGUUUUUCAGUAAAGACUCAAGUUCUCCUUCAGCAUACCCUGAGAUUAGCCACUUCUUAAAAUUGUUUACCUCAUGUGAGCAAGUAAUUACCUGCUCUUAAGCUUUUCAGCUGUUUUUUUUCUUUGGAAAAUAUAUGUUCUAUAUAUAGGUAUAUGUCAUGCAGUUUCAUUACAAUAUCAGUAUUGGGUUUCAGAUAAUUAAAGAUUCAAUACUUUGGUUUGAGAUGAAGAUUCAUUAUUGCAAGUGCCUAUAAAGAAUGAAAUUCUAGCUGCAGAUGGUUUAACUCAGAUGAAAUUUUUCCUGAUAUAUGCAGGAUGGAAUGGGAAGGAUUGAAAGCUGAGGUUUCGUGUCUCCACAAUGUAAAGGCCUUUAGCCUUACUUAUUAUGACUCAAAUCUGGAGUGUGGUUACAUUCGCAGAGUCAAUAGAGCAAGAAGGUUUAUACCCAUUUACUUAACUGCACCUGGAGGACUCACCUAGAGGUUCCAGGACAAUCAGUCUGAAAAAAAUCAAACAACAAACUGACAAGAACAUUAAUAUAUGAACAAACAAUAAGAAUAACAGCAGAAGAACCUACAUUUUUAAAUGGUUGAAGAUAGCACAAAUCAAAAGUACAGCUGUGAAUUCAAGGACUUGUUUCUGUGCAGGUCCCUCCAAUCCCUGGUUUCUGUGGGCACUUAACCCUCUGAAAAGAGUUAAAACACCAUGGAAAGACAUUUUUUUUUCUGUCCUCUCACAGCCUUUUCUCUUUUGUUCAGUUGCCAGGAAGAAUGUUUAGUUAUAAUGGUUGUCCAGUUUCAUAUGGGAAAAAAAUUUUCUUUCCAUCAAAAGAAUCCCCCUCUAGGAAGUCUGUGUAGUGGAAGGAUUUUGACCAGCGCUUUUUCAGCACAAUUCUAGCUCUGAUAUUAUACUUGGAGGAUGAGCAUUCAGUGGUCACAAGCAAUAUAAAAAUUCUUGUAAGAAGAUCCCUCUGUAUGUAAAUUACAAAUUUCUCCCUUACAAAGAGCCACUUUCACUGUUUUCAUGAGUUCCUUUCUGUGUCUGUGUAUACUUUUGAUUAAUUUCACAUUCUGAGAGGGAAAUUUGAGAGGCUGAGAAGGCGGGGCUUGUUCCGCCUGGAUAAGAGAAGCUUUGGGGCACCUAAUGGCAGCCUUGCAAUAUCUGCAAGGAGGGUAUUGAGAAGAUGGACCCAAGCUCUUCACAAGAGUGCAUUGCAGGAAGACAAGAAAUCAUGUGCAUAACUUGAAUCAAAACGGGCUAGAGUUGAUAUAAGAAAAAACUUUUGAAUUAUGAGGACUGCCAAUCAGUGGAACUGGUUGCAUCAAGAAGUUCUACAUGCCUCAUCCUGGUGGGUUUUCAAGAUGCAACUGAACAAAGCCCUGAGCAACCUCGUCUGGUCUCAUAGCUGACUUUCCUUUUGGGCAGAAGGUUGGACUAGAGAAUUCCUGAGGUCCCUUCUGAACAAAAUUGUCCUGACAACCUAUGAACUGUGUAUGUUACAUUGUUGGCUGUUGCCUUCCUCUCUAAAAAAGUAUGUUCCUUCCUCCUCUUUGUUUCCAUUUGCUGGAUUUUGGUUUGGUUUGAUACAGAGAUAUUUUUCUGUAGUACAGUCUUAUGUAUUAUGAAGGAAAAUGUAUGCAAGCUUCUGUGCGAGUUACUUCACCACAUAUUGUUCCUGUGCUGACCUAUGUAUUUUGCAACAGAGUGUGAAGUUUCACUGCAGCACUGGACUAAAAGCAGAACUGAGCUUCACUGUGACUUCAUGAAAAAAAAUAACUCCAUGUUUCUUUUCUAGACUUUUUACAUGCCAGAAAGGUUGGAAAGUUAAUUCUAUUGAGUUUUUUAAUUUAUUUCAAAUAAAGAAUAAUGAAAACUAAAACUAGCAACAAAACUGGGUCAAAUUUAACUUGUGUCAGGGAUUAAUGGGAGUUGCCUCCUCUGCAAGGGACAAGGAGCCAGGAGCUGAGGGUGACAGUCAGGCAGAUUGGACAACAUUCUCAUCAAGAAGCCACACAGUCCCAUAGCAUGCCAGCAAGGCACACAGAGUAGGUAGGGUGAUGGUAACUAGCACUGGCCAACAGCUCUGUGAUUACCAGACAAAUUCAUAGUGACGAGGCACAUCUGAGGUUAAUCCAGAAAGUCAAGUUAGGAAGGCAAGGUCAAGAUCAACAAGAUAGGAGGCUGGGCAUGGCUGCACCAUAUCAGCACUGGCCUCCGCACAGAGUGCCAAAUCCCAAGGAGGCAGGAAAAGAGAGAACAGACUGUUGGUAAAUUUAGAUCCCUGACCCUGUGCAAAGAGCUUAAUUUCCACAAAAAUUGGCCCUGAAAUUUUAUACUUUUUAAUAUGCCACCAAUGCUUGUGAAAGUGAUAGCUUGGACCAGCUUAUCUUGGUAUGUGUGAACACUUUUUGUAACAUCAUUUUCUAUAGUACCUCCCUGUAUUGCUCAAGAUUCACUUCAAGAUAAAGGAAAACAAUGACGGUGGCUGGCCCUUAGGCUGAGCUUGACAAAGAAGCUCACAAAAAUUCAGUUCCUAUCACUUUAUAAUAAAAAUGUAGAUACUUACUCCCUUAGACUGUUCUGAAAUGCUCAGUCUGUGUGCCCAAAUCACAGCCCUCUGGAGAAAUGAGGAAACUUUUCAAUGUAGAGACUACAGUGUCCUGUACUUCAAUCAUUUGUGUAUUUACCUCAUUAUUCUUGCAUAGCUAAAAAUUUAUGAUUUUAUCAUUCUCUCUCCAAGUUUGUACCAGCUGGACCAAAUUUAUCAUAUGAAAGUGAACAUCUACGUUCUUUUCAAAAGCGUAGUGUUACAGGAGAGGUACUUUUCACUAUGCAAAUAUGGCAUAGUGAAAAUUAAAUGUCUUCAUCCAGACUCCAAUCCAUGUUGUGUAUUAUUGUUAUUGAGUAUUUCACUUAGAAUUCUUGAUGGCUCUGCAAGCAAAAAACAAGUGCAAAUUCACAGGAGCUCUUCUCAAAGCAAGGUCAUUCCUUACAGAAAAGAAUUUAUAAAAUCCAAACGUCUGAUUAUUGGCAAGAAGAAAUGCAUGCAUUCAAAUUCCAUUUUCCUCAUAGACAAUGCCUAACAGCAUUAAUGCAUGGCCUCAGUUCAUCACCUUAGUUCCUGUCUCAUUUCCCAAUCUAUACAAUAAGUAUAUGGAUAAUUAGAAGGGCUGUGAUGGUAAUUUGGUUAAUAUCCACAGGGUAUGAAGUGUCAGGUCCAAACGAUAUUGUUGUCAGCAUAACAAUAGCAGAGGUGCAUUUAUAUGUCAAUAAUCCACUUAAAGCAGAAUCCAUCUGCCAAAAGUCCAACAAAGCUACAGCUAAGCUUCGUAAGUUGGGAGCUUUUCAGUGAACUGUGGUGACCUACCUGGUGGAAUUUCAGGCUUCAUUUAAUCUGUUUUUCCUAGAAACUUAGCCGCAACUGGCAUCACCACAAGAUGAUGAUACAGUUCAUCAUUCUUCUUUGAUGUAGCUACAUAUCACCUUCACUUCGUUAAUGUCAGUGGGGUCAGCCCUGACUCACAUGCUUGUAGGCUAACAACUAACUGCCUAGCCUUUGGGGGUUUUUGAGUCUCUAACAUGUCUAACUUCAGAGCCUCUGAGAAAGAUUAAGGGAAGUGUGAAUUUGAGUUCUAUGAUUAACAUAUUCCACUUCCUGUUGCCGUUCACAGAGAAUGACACUACUAAGAUUAUUCUGAUUAGUCUAGUGACAAUCUUCGUUGACUUCACUCUUAAUUUAAUGCCAGUAAAGAAGGGAGCAUUGGGUCAUUGUUUAGCCACGUGCCACUUUCCAUAUUAAUUAUCAGUUUCAUGAGUGUCAUUCUUGGUCUAGUUCUCUAUUUUCUAAGGUGAUAAAGGAGUAAACUGUUAAUUUGCUCCCUGCCUCCGCACAGUAUAGAGAGAGAACAUGGGUGGGAGGAUCGGGGUGCAUGGAACCAGCACAACCACAAUGGUGGAUGAAUUGCUUGCAAGAACAAGGCUGCAGGGAAAGAAAGAAAAGCAUGGCUCUGAGCUCAGCAGGAGCCAGGGGCAGCUGCUGCACCCACAGGCCAGGGCUGCCAGUUGCCAGGAUUUUCCUUCUGUGUGACAGUAGCUCCUCAUGAUCCUCAAGUCCUGCAGGAUGGCAACUUGCCCCUGCCUAAGGCUGCCUGCUGCACCACACCUGCAAGGUCCCCAACAGCACUGAUCCAAGGGAGCUUCUGGUAAGUGAUGCUCUAGCGCUGAUAAGGAGAAAGAAAGUGGAAUCCUUUGUGUUUUAUUUUAUUGCUGCACCAUAAUGGCUGCAUUGCUGAAAAAUUGCUAGCCUCAGCUGACACAGGGAGUUGUUGGUUGCUCAACUGAGAAUUAAAACUAACCAAGCUAUUCACCUAAAUCUUGUAAUAACCUAGAAAGACAUAAAGCCUAUUCUGAACUCAAAUUAACUUUGAGUAUUUUGGUGAUGGGUAUGCAGACUUCCAGCUUCUUUAAAUGGAGUGUGAGAGAAAUUUAAAUAAAUAAAAGAAAAGAUGAUAUCUCACAAGAGCUGAGCUAGCUCUCGUAGCAACUACUUGGCUAAAGAUUCAAUAGCAAGAACAAAAGAUUAUUUUCUUUUCCAUUAAUUGUUUUCCUGGUAUAGUCAAGGUCUGCUACUGAAUGAACAAUUGAGGUGUUGAAAGAUUGGAAAGAAGCACACCUAGAUACUGUACUAGUAUUCAGUCACAAAAAUAUGCAUAUAAACAUCACAUUUAGUUUAGUUUUAUCUUAUUACAUGUGAAGGUAAAGACAAUAGGGGUGCAGCUCAUGCCUUGUCACAGUUUUCUCUGUGGCUCUUCAGAUAUUCUAGGUGUCACACACAGCCUUUCAGACAAGACACUAAAGUUCACUUAUCAUAAUCAAUGACUUUCAUAAGCUUUUCCCAAGAGCUUGUCUUGCUGUCCCAAAAUUUGUGGUAUAUUCCACCCUAGGUGAAACUUUACUUUGAUUUCUUGCAGAACCUUGUCCUUACCUGUCAUUUCUCACUGUUUGAAACCUUCCUCCCUUUUAACAAUAGAUAUGCAAAAUAAUGGCUGUGUUUCUGAUUCUGUGUGAAGAACUACACCCAGGAACAAUCUUGCUUCAAAUUUCUAGCGUUUUAGCACAGAAUUUAUUUGUGUCUUGGCCCCAGACCUAUCCCAGGGAUAUAUUGAGCUAUUGGAAAAAUUGUCAGCUCAGUUCCCUUCUUUAGCGGAUGUCAUGGCAAGUACUAAAUCCAGAAAGCUACAGACUAAAGGACAGGUCCAUAGAUUGUCUUCUGUUUCACCUAUUUCGUUAUAUGCAUGAGGAAAUGCUGUGAGACAGACGCAGUUCAUCCUGGAAGUGCAGGUUGCGCAGUUACCCUUAGGUUCAUAUCCUUAAAUGAAAUGAACUGAUCAGGCUGAGAAGGCACAACCAACAAAAUUGUCUCGUCUGAGGAAGUUGCAGAGAUUAUUGGCUCCACUUCAAUGGAUGCAAAGACAACUCCAGUGAAAAUGCAUCCUACCCUUGUAUUCACUUGAACAGACUACUUCUAGAUUCCAGAUGGAAAACUGAGCCAAAGCAGUACAGCACCCACAUCAGACCACUCUCCUGGCUCCAUGGCUCUUGCAGCAUUCUCUGCUUUAGCUUUCCACAGUCCAGCCAGACACACAACAAAUGAUUACUGGUAUGAGAGUGGGUAGUCAAUAGCCUCAAGACACAGCUCUUCCCCAUUGUUUUCCUCUCCAUCUCUUGACACCCUACUAGUAUCCUAGUCUGAGGCACGUGUCUCACAUCUGAGAUCUCUAGGCUUUCACAAAGAGGGUUAACUAAUGGCAACUCAUCUACUGAGGUAUCUUUUCACCUAAGAAGACCAAAGAACUCCUGAAUGGGAAAGAAAGUAAAAAGAGGGCAAGAGGAACUUCAAUUAUGCCAAAUAUCUGUGAAGCGAUUGCUAAGAUUCAUUUUAUUCUGAGGAUGAAGGAAUAAACACUAGGCUUCACCCAUCUUCUUUGCUUAUCCUCAUGGACUGCAACACAAUCACCAGUAAACUAAAGUUUCUGAUUCUUAUUAGAAUGCAGCACAUCAGAAAAAUCCAGAAGACUGUCAAUGACUGCUGAUAUAUUCAUGGUAACCCCAUGCAGGCAGAAGUGAGCUCUUUUUCCUGUCAUACAGAGAACAAGCAUGUCACUCACUGGCAGCUCAGUUAGCGUGUGAGACCCUACUACAGGUUCUGUGUAGGGUAACAGGUCUAAAAAAAAGCUUCAUACUGAGAUGUCCUACAGGGAAACAAUACUGCAUUCACACUUGUUACAGAGUUACUGCCAGAAAUGUGUGACAUACAGGAUGGAAUUACUUGGACACCUGUUUUGACAUGACCAGUGCCAGUCUUCCUUCCCCAUCUGUAUGGCUGUUGGUGCCCAAUGCAAUGUUUCCGUCCAGUUCACGUAUUGCUAUAGGACCUCAUACUAUAGCAGAAGUAGUAAGAUACUGUUGGAAGAGAUGGUGAGCAAGAAAUGGCCACAAGUGUUGUUAAGCCUCUGGAGCAGGAGUACAGACAUUUAAUAUCCAGCAAGCCAUGGGCCUGAGAAGAGUAAACAUCACUGGCAGAAACAAGAAGGCAUGAAAACAAUUACAGUGGUCACAAGGAGUUUGGAAUGAGAAAAACGUACCAUGGAAAUUUUUAUGAGGGACUUGUGGGAGUGGUGUUGAUAUUUUUAGUAAGACAUAAA